CUCGUCGGUGUCUAUGCUUUCUUUUCUCCAACGAUCUCUCGCUUGAUUGACGUGGUAGUCUCACAUUGUGUACAUCUUUUCCGUUUCGGCUAUAGCACGAGAUUUUCGAGCAAGAUGCAAAAGAAACAAAAAGAGCCGAUUCAUUCGGUACAAGUCUUCGGACGCAAGAAAAGCGCGACUGCUGUCGCUUAUUGUAAACGCGGACGUGGAAAUCUCCGUGUCAAUGGUCGACCGUUGGAGCUGGUCGAACCACGUGUUUUGCAAUAUAAAUUGCAAGAACCUAUCCUACUUCUGGGCAAGGAAAAGUUUUCAGGAGUUGACAUAAGAGUCAGAGUAAAUGGUGGUGGCCACGUUGCACAGAUAUAUGCUAUACGUCAAGCCAUUUCCAAAGCACUCGUGGCUUAUUAUCAAAAAUAUGUCGACGAAGCUAGUAAAAAGGAAGUAAAGGACAUUCUUAUUCAGUAUGAUCGUACUCUCCUUGUUGCUGACCCAAGGAGGUGCGAGCCAAAAAAAUUUGGAGGUCCAGGUGCCAGAGCACGGUACCAAAAAUCGUACCGUUAAUGUGCUCAUUUUAUAUUAUGCAUUUU